UCCUAAGCAUGAAGGCGGUAAGGUGGAACGCCGCCAUUGCCUGUCCAAGGAGACUGGUACCCUGGAAAGGCCAUUUGCUGAUUGUUCCAAAUUCCAAAGGUUUCGAGUUCGAGUCACCACAACAAUGGCGCCUGUGAAGGCCACAGGGGCUGUUUUUGCUGCUCUCUCCAUCGCUGUACUCUCCUAUCUCCUCUGCAAUUCUCGAUCCAGAAAAACCCACAAACCGAUAUCGAAAAAGAAGCCAAGAAGAGGACUUAUUGAAGCCAUUGGCAACACCCCUUUGAUUCGAAUCAAUAGCCUCUCUGAAGCCACUGGGUGCGAGAUUCUUGGGAAGGCUGAGUUUCUGAAUCCAGGAGGGAGUGUGAAAGAUAGAGUAGCAGUGAAAAUCAUUGAAGAGGCUCUGGAAUCUGGCCAGCUAGCUCCAGGUGGAGUAGUGACAGAAGGCAGUGCUGGUAGCACUGCCAUUAGCCUUGCUACUGUGGCUCCUGCAUAUGGAUGCAAAUGUCAUGUUGUUAUCCCAGAUGAUGUUGCCAUUGAGAAAUCUCAAAUUCUCGAAGCCCUUGGAGCUACAGUUGAAAGAGUUAGACCAGUUUCAAUUACACAUAAAGACCACUAUGUCAAUGUUGCAAGGAGAAGAGCUUUGGAGGCAAAUGAAUUUGCAUCAAAGCAUGGAAAAUAUAUAGGAAUGGAUGCUGAUGGCCUAGUGCCAGCCAAUGGUCAUAUAUCUGAGGAAGAGAAACAAAAUUCAGUUUUCUCAAGCAAUUGUAAAGGUGGUUUCUUUGCAGAUCAGUUUGAAAACCUGGCAAAUUUCCGAGCUCACUAUGAGGGUACUGGACCUGAGAUAUGGGAGCAGACCAGUGGUGAUCUGCAUGCUUUCGUGGCAGCUGCGGGAACUGGUGGCACUCUGGCUGGUGUUUCCCGGUCUCUCCAGGAAAAAAGUCCAAAUAUCAAAUGCUUUCUGAUUGACCCUCCUGGUUCUGGCUUGUUCAAUAAGAUAACAAGGGGAGUAAUGUACACUAGAGAGGAGGCUGAAGGACGGAGACUGAAGAAUCCAUUUGAUACCAUUACUGAAGGCAUUGGAAUCAACCGGUUGACCCAGAAUUUUUUGAUGGCAGAACUUGAUGGGGCUUUCCACGGCACAGAUAUGGAAGCUGUUGAAAUGUCCAGGUAUCUUCUCAAGAAUGAUGGGCUAUUUGUCGGGAGUUCUUCAGCCAUGAACUGCGUUGGAGCUGUCAGAGUGGCACAGUCGAUCGGCCCUGGUCACACAAUUGUAACAAUUCUGUGUGACAGCGGGAUGAGGCAUCUGAGCAAAUUUUACGAUUCCCAGUAUCUGUCUCAGCAUGGUUUGACACCCACAGCAACCGGGUUAGAGUUCCUUGGCAUCAGCUGAGAUUUCUUUUCUGGCCAAAAGGUAUCAGUCUCAUUCAACUCUUCGAUGUCUGAACAGUAUUGACCCAAGUUUGGGCUGCAAGAUGUUUUACUGAAGUUGGAGUAGCACGAUCUGGCUGCUCACUAGAAAGCAUCUCAUGUGAGAUCGAGUAUGAAACUCUCACCUACCUCGGAAGGCAUGGUCUGAUUUUUGAACCAAGACAAUGGUGCGGAUGCAGAGAGAUCCUUAUUUGUAACUGGUAAGGGCUAGAACAUUCAUACUUCCACAUAGAGAAGUGCAUACAAAGUUCAUUAUCAUUUUUCUAUGAAAAAUCAAUAAAUCAAGUCGCCUUGUGAGUUGCUCUA